AUGAGAGGAGUGGCUGGACGUCCAGCCGUAGCAGCUGUUGCUACGCCAUGCCGUGGAGCAGCUGGUGGAGCUGGUGGAAACAGCUUUUUGGAUGUGAAUUCCAUCGAGGAGCUGAUUCAACGGCUGCCGGGUCACUUGCGAGAGCAAGCAGCCGAUGAUCUCCGGAAGAGACUCCACCCAGAGGUGACAGCAUGGAUGCAAUGCUGGGACACGGAUGAUGGAGCAUUGGAGCCAGAAGAGCCUGACAGUGACGAAGAGGAAGCGAUCACUGAGGAUCAAAGCAAGAAGAAGAGGCGGCUUGCUCCGCCAGUGCCAGAUGAUGGAUAUCCCAAGCACUUGUGGCAGCAUGGUUUCAGUCAAGGGCGCCCAGGCUUCAAUGCCCAUGCUCGCGAGGUGCUGAGUUCAAUGCAGUGGGUUUCUCCAAGCCAAGGGGAUGUCCCGCUGUUGCCCCAGCAGGAGGUCGUGGCAUCGUUGGUGCACCCAGCUUCGCCCAUUCGACGGCUGUUGUGUGACCACAAUACCGGCUCGGGCAAAACACUAUGCAUGGUGCGGAUCGCUGACAACUUCUAUCACGAUCCCCGGCCCAAGGUCUUAGUGUUUCCAAAGGAGUCAGUUGCCACCAACUUCUUGUCAGCUCUCUGGGAAUGGCCGUCGAGAUGGCGGGACUUUGUGUGCCACCAAAACCCGGCAGCUGCCAUGCUAGCGUCCAACAAGGAUGAUUGGUGGCAGGUGCGACAUGAGCGAUGGUCCCUUGGAAGAUCUCAGGCAAUGUCGCAACGGGCUAGGGCCGAAAACUUGAGCCUUCAGCAGGCCAUCAAGGAGUUCUGUGUGAACCCCAUGAGGGCCACCUUGGAGAUGAAGCGGGCCUUCAUCCGUGGCAAGGCGUCAGCCGCUUGGUUCGACCACUACUGGUCUCAGGAGAACCCACACGAGAUCCAUCCUCCACAGGCUCCGCUGAGAGCGUAUCGAUUUACAUCGGCUGGUGGUCGUGCUGCGGAGCUUGUGGGCGGCAUGCCACGAGGUUGCGUCUUCAAGGUCGGCUUCGACCCGUCGACUGACAAACCAUACACUGGGAAGGUGGUCGUCAUGGACGAAGGCCACAACCUGACCAGGCCAAACCGGCUCUACCAGACGCAGCUCGACAACGUGCGCAAGUACGUUGACACCGCCACCGACACCAUCUUCGUGUGCUGCACUGGCUCCAUGGAAGCCGACUCAUCCAAGGGUGCAGAGCAUCGACAUCUGCUGGACGAGGGCUUUCUGUCAUCGCAUCACAAGCGGGGCGCAAACUUUCCUUUGCAGCAGCCAGCCCCAUGUGCAGAUGGGAUCUACUCCAGCCAAGUUCAAGGUCAAGUGACAACGUACACGGAGUUGGCGGGAACGCCACUUGUGAGAUACCUUUACCAAGCCAUCAAACUCCAAAGAGAAGGCAAGGGCGAGGAGACCUUGGCCAACUACACCAGCAUGUAUGUGUACUUUGGCACCUCAAACCAGCCAGCUUGCAAACAGACGCUCCUGACCAACCCCGACUCACGGCCCAAGUUUGGCCCUGUGAUUUCAGCAGUGGUGGCGGCUGCCAACAAAAGGGAGAAGAGUUUGGUAAUGAUCCGCCGACAGACUGGCUACAAAGCAAUGCUUGCCUUGAUGAAGGAAACGGCUGACCAACAUUGCUUCGGAGUGGCUGAGUAUGAGCACAUGGCCGACUUCAACCAUUCCAGUAAUUUGCAUGGUCAAAACUUCAUGGUGAUGGUCUUGGAAGCCGAAAAGGGCGGUGAGGGUAUCGAAUUUGCGGCUGUUCGCCAUGCAAUCUACGUCGAUGUCCCUGAGGGUCUGUCAGUGUACAAGCAACGCUGUGGAAGGGUUGUCAGGUGUGGUAGUCACUCCGGUUUACCUGAAACUGAUCGAAGUGUCCGUUUCAUGUUCUUGGCGGCAAGAUUCCCAGAAUUUGCACGACACGAGCUCGGAGCCUUCGUCUUGUUCGCUCUCUGCGGCCAGUGGGCUGGGCCCAAGAAGAUCACCUAUGCCUCCGAGCCGCUACCGCAGGAGAUCAUCGAAACGAGCCAACAGUUUCUGAGGACGUUGGGCAGUGAGAACAUCUCGGAUUUGACCAUGCUCCAUUCUGCCUUGCACUGGCAUUUGCAGGAAGAUGAGCUGAUUGAUGAGGAAACCAAUCACAAAUUGAAAGCACUUGAAACUUUGAGGACCAGUGGUGUUGAUGCCAUCAAAAGUCUUAUUACGACCACAACUUUCGAUGAGAAGCAGAUGGAGAAGUUGAAACUCCAAUUUGAAAACAUGGCGCCCAGUCUGGAGAAGAUUCGUGGUGGUGCCCUGGAUGGCGACAGCGUGGCGACAGCUCCGAAACGAUCGAAAUGCCGCAUGAUGUCCAAGUAUGUGUUGCAAGCCUACUGUGCUGAUGCUGAUGAUGCGUUGCCAUCAACCUUUCGUGAACUUGCACAGAAAGAUUCCGCUUGGGAAGGCCUUGAUGAAGCUGAGAUUGCCACUUCUGCUCCCCUCCUCAUUGGCCCCAGAGGUCUGUUGGAGCUCUCCGAGAGCGGAGGCCAAGACAAUAGCAGUGCCCGUGUAGUUGCACGUCGAUAUUCCGUCGAAGCGUGUGCACGCUUUCUGGACCUAUAUGGUGGAGCCCCAAGACGCUCGGGAGGGCUGAAGCGUUCCAGCCGAGCCGCUGCUGCAGUGUUGACCCGCCGUUGCGCCUUCGUGGCGCAAGCCUGUCUCGGCAUUUUCAAGAAUGACACCGACAACAAGGUCGGCCUCAAUGCUUUGAAUUGCUUGCUCAAUGCCCUGGAGGUUCCCAACAUGCCGCUGCCUUCUUCGUCUUUGGGUGAUGAGCUUCUGCGAGAGUUGAAACUGCGUCACUCGCGGUUGACGGCAGGACAGAGUUCCAUGCUGCACAAGGUCUUGGCCGUGCUGGCCGACGCGCGUGCGGCACAAGGGGCUGCAGAACCAGGUGAAGGUCCCAUAGGUUUGGUGCUGGAGCUGCGAACUCGCCUCCUGGGCACCCUGCAGCGUGAGACCACUUCGUCCAAGCCCACCCUGGAAUUGGUGGCAGGUUUGCUGGAGGCUUGUAGCAUACUGCUCCGGCGGCACGCGGAUGGCUUUUCGGAGGACGAGUUGGUGAGAUUGUACAACAUUGCUACCUCGGUUGCUUUGACGGAGACGGCAGCAGCCACGCGGCUGGGUCCGCGGAGGGCGGCCUUGCGGUUAUUUCAGGACCACGCCCUGGUGUUUCGUCGACUCUUUGCGCGAGAGGCACAGUCACUGCCAGAGACAGAGGCAAGAAAGCCUGGUGACGAAUCGCUUGCUGAGUCGCCGUUGCUGAACAAGAUGCUUGCCUCCACCACUGCAGGGCAAGCUGACGUGGCAGCUGCCGGUCGCGGCAUGCUGGACGCCGUUUUGCGGGCCUUGAGCGAAGGCGUGCUGAUAGAUUUAGAUGCUUCAGCCCAGGCUUCCCGCAAACGGGACAUGGAUGACAACUUGGAGGUGGAAAGCCCAGCCGAAGCGGCCGUCGUGCGAGGCUGGUAUCCGCGUUUCCACGGCAUGGUGCUGUGCCCGUAAGCUCAGUCUAAAU